UGCUCGGUUCGGUUAUAAGUUCCUCGAUCGAUUUUCAGCAUCAUGCGUUUAUUGGCCUUCAUUUUGGGAAUAACAAUUAGCUUUGGAUUCUCAAAUGCUUACAAUUUCCUAAUGAUUCUAAACUCGGCGGGACGGUCGCAUUUUAAUGUGGGUCAUGCCUUGGCCAAGGGAUUGGUCAAUUCAGGACAUGAGAUUACUGUAGUAUCCGUAUUUCCCCUGAAGAAUCCCAUACCAGGUUAUCACGAUGUCAAUGUACCAAAUGUGAUUAAAGUAAUGCGGGGAGACAUUGCUGCCUUGUGGAAAUCCAUUCAAAAACCAGUAACUCAGAAGCUUAUUGAUCACUAUCAAAUGGGAUUCCGCAUAACAAGAGGUCUUUUCGAGGACUCCAAUUUCCAGGAUUUUUUAAGGAGCAAUCAAAGUUUCGAUGCCGUAAUUUGUGAGACAUUUUAUAAUGAUGCCCACUAUGGCUUAGCAGAACACUUCAAGGCCCCACUCAUUGGAUUGAGCACGGGUGGAGGUCUGACCUUUAUCACAGAUAUGGUUGGAUCACCAGCUCCAGCUUCCUUUGUGCCCCACAUAAUGUUGCCCUUCAAUGAUCACAUGUCGCUCUAUGAACGCCUUCUAAACGUGGCUUUCCUUGCCUAUGAACGAUUUCUACUAGACUACUAUUAUUUACCGGGACAGGAGCAGCUCUACAAGGAGUUCUUCCCGGAAAACAAAAGGUGUUUCUACGAAAUGCGCAGGAAUGCCUCGCUGGUGCUCAUCAACCAGCAUGCGUCACUGAGUUUCCCACGACCUUACUCACCCAACAUGAUUGAAGUGGGUGGCAUGCAUAUCGAUGGCAAUCUAAGCCCGCUUCCCGAGAAGAUCGAAAGAUUUAUCAAUGAAUCGGAGCACGGAGCCAUCUACUUCUCCAUGGGUUCGAAUCUCAAGAGCAAGGACUUACCGCCAGCAAAGGUUCAAGAGAUUCUGAGAGCGUUCCGUGGACUAAAACAGCGAGUUCUCUGGAAAUUCGAGCUGGAGGAUCUGCCCCAAAAGCCAGAGAAUGUCUACAUCUCCGACUGGUUCCCACAGACCGACAUUCUAGCCCAUCCGAAGGUCUUGGCUUUUGUGACCCACGGAGGAAUGCUGAGCACCACGGAGUCCAUUUAUCAUGGCAAACCAGUCAUCGGAUUGCCAAUCUUCAGCGACCAGUUCUUCAAUAUGGCCCAUGCCGAGCAGACUGGCUAUGGCAUUAUGCUGGACUUUAAGUCCCUGAAGGCCCAGGAUUUCAGAGACGCGAUCGAGAGGAUCACCAGUGAGCCGGCCUUCACUAGAGUAGUGCAGGGCAUGUCCUUCCGGUAUCGGGAUCAGCAGCAGACGCCCUUGGAAAAUGCCAUAUACUGGGUGGAACAUGUGACCCGUCACCAGGGAGCUGCCUACUUGCAGAGUGCGGCCCAAAGACUGAAUUGGUGGCAAUAUCACAAUGUGGAUGUGCUUUUAAUAAUUGUAGGGUUAGUUAUAUUUCUGGGAAUCGUUGUUCCUCUUGCUAUUUUUAAGCUGUUUAGGAAAUUCCUUUCUGGGGGAAAGAGAAAAGAAAUGAAAGUUAAAAGUAACUAAAUAAAUAAAUUUUUGCUGAAAAUAAAACAUUAAUAAGUGGAUAUAAGCGUGAAUAAUAAGAAGUCUUAUGUAUAUGAAAAUUGAUGGAUAGAAAUUUAUGAAAUACUGA